UUCUCAAGCAGUUUUCAGUUGUGAUUGCACCGGAUAACAAAAGAAGCGGAGUGAACGCGAUAUUUUCCCAUCUGACAUACAAUAGAAAGGAUAACAUAACAUUUUCUGAAAGGAAAUUGAACCACUGUGAUUCAGUAGCUGCAAAGAAAGAGAAAUAAAAUGCGUGUGGAUGCGUCAUCUACAAGAGAAAGUGGGAGCACCGGUUCAGAAAUUUCUCUAAAUAUACCGCCAAGCGGCUUAUACAAUGGUUCCAGUGAUUGUAUAAUACAGGAGGAUGAUCCGAAGAACUCGUUAAGUUGCUGGCAAGUUUCUUGUGAAUGGAUAAAGCAAACAUCAGCAAAUGUUUUUCGGAAAAAAACUUUAUACAAACGCAUGCCCAUCCUGACCUGGCUUCCAAAAUAUAAUCGACACGAUUUUAUUGGAGACUUCGUUGCUGGUAUAACGGUGGGUCUUACAGUAAUUCCACAAGGAUUGGCGUAUGCAGGCAUCGCUGGUCUAGAUUUGCAGUACGGUCUAUAUGGAUGUUUUCUUGGUUGUUUCAUUUACAUAUUUAUUGGAUCUAGUAAAGAUGUACCAGUGGGACCAACGGCCAUAUCAGCGCUACUAACAUUUCAAACUGCACAAGGUAGUUGGGAGCGGGCAGUAUUGUUAACAUUUUUAACUGGCCUCAUAGAAAUAUGUAUGGGAGUUUUUCAACUAGGAUUUUUAAUUGACUUCGUAUCAGGACCUGUGAGUGCUGGAUUCACAAGCGCAGUUUCCUUGAUUAUAUUUACAUCGCAGCUUAAAGACAUUCUUGGUGUUAACACUAAAGGCGUCACUUUUCUGGAUAUGUGGAUUUCCAUUGUGAAUGAUAUUCAUAAUAUAAGUUGGUAUGACGCGGCUCUAGGACUUUGUUGUAUAGUUGUAUUACUAACUAUGAGGGUAAUGGCCAGCACGACAUUCGGACCCAAGGAGGGUAAAAAAGGAUGGCAGAAGUUUUUAACCGGACUGUUUUGGUUAAUUGGCACAUCUCGCAAUGCUGUUUUAGUUUGUGCGGCUUCGGGUUUUGGAUACUAUUUGUUGAAUUCUGGAAAUGAUUUAUUUCGUAUGGUUGGCUAUGUACCGAAAGGACUUCCGAAUUUUCAAUUGCCGCCCUUUUCUUUGAUUACUAUAUCAAAUACAACAACUGGAGAGACUGUAUCCACAUAUGAAAAUUUUGGGCAAAUGGUAAGCAAUUUAGGAUCAGGACUGAUUGUUGUACCCUUGAUAUCACUUUUAGAAAACAUGGCUGUAGUUCAAGCUUUUGCAAAUGGAAAGCCUUGUGACGCUACUCAGGAAUUAAUUGCAAUUGGUGUCUGUAAUGUAGCGAAUUCCUUUGUACAGGGUUUUCGAGGCAAUGGUGGUAUAGCGCGUGGUGCUGUACUAAAUGCCAGUGGAUGUCGUACUCAAUUAUCUAAUUUAUAUACUGGCGUGAUUGUUAUCAUCGCACUGCUCUACCUGACUCCUGCAUUUUAUUAUAUACCAAAGGCGACGCUUGCGGCAAUUAUAGUGGCCGCAGUUAUUUUUAUGAUACAAUACCGAGUAAUUAAACCAAUGUGGAGGACUAAAAAAACUGAUCUUAUACCUGGGAUUGCGGCGUUUAUUGCCUGUCUGGUACUACCAUUACAAAUCGGAAUACUCGUUGGAAUUGGAAUUAAUGUAGUCUUCAUAUUAUAUCAUGCUGCUCGUCCUAAGUUGCGUGUAGAAACGCUAACAACCUCUAAUGACAUAAAUUACUUGAUGCUUACUCCAGAUCGUUGUCUAAUCUUUCCCUCAGUAGAGUUUGUCCGAAAUGUUAUCAACAAACAAGGCCGAAAGUCCACGUUACCGGUGAUUAUUGAUUGCACUCACAUUUAUGGCGCAGACUUUACAGCCGCUAAAGUCGUUUCAACAAUGAUCGGCGAGUUUCAAGCAAGAAAUCAGAAGAUAUUUUUCUACAACUUACAACCGCGUGUUGCCCAAGUAUUUGUUGGACUCAAUAAGGAUUUAGUCGUGUUGUAUGAUAUGAACUCUUUGGAAAUGGAGCUUUCAGGAAAGGCUCAUCAAUCAAUCCAAUAAGUGAGAUUAAAAUCAACCAAUGUAGGAAAACAUUUCAAUUAACUAACAUAAUAAGGCGUUUCGAUUACUUACUAGUUUGAAGAAUAAAUUAACUUAUUAGAUAGGUGAAUUAAAAUUGCUAAUUUAAAUGGGAGCAUCAUCUAAGUUCAACUAGUUUUUUUUCUCAAUGAAGAUAAAUGCUGCCCGUUAGCAAAACAAACUUAGAAUAUUUUAAUUAAUGUUAAUAUGCGAAUAGUAUUAUAGUUUUCAUAGGUACUGAGUAAAUGUAAAUAUUAAGCUUAAACCAAAAAUAAUCUUUUUU